AUGGCAGAUUCGGUUAUAAGAGCACAGAGCACAGACGUGUCGGGAACUAAUGGUUCUGUAUCACAUCCUUCCAAUUACGUUGGUUUUGAUACCAUCACCACCCAAAUUGAAAAUAGAUUGGUUAAGAGAGGCUUUACUUUCAAUGUUAUGUUAGUUGGUUAUUCUGGCAUGGGUAAGUCCACGUUGGUUAAUACACUAUUCAGCUCACAUCUUGUUGACUCUAAUGGUAGAGACACAAUAAACGAACCAAUUGACAGAACCACUGAAAUCAAAAUCACUAACCAUACCUUACUUGAGAAUAAUGUUAGGUUGAAUUUGAACGUCAUCGAUACCCCUGGUUUUGGCGAUCAGCUCAACAAUGACAAGUCAUGGGAGCCUAUUCUUAAAUACAUCAAGGACCAGCAAAAUCAAUAUCUUCGGAGAGAGUUGAAUGCCUCUAGAGAAAAAUUCAUUAAAGAUACAAGAGUUCACUGUGUUUUGUACUUUAUCCAACCAAAUGGCUAUGGUUUAAAGGCAUUAGAUAUUCAAGUUUUAAAGAGACUAACUGAAGUCGCCAACGUUGUACCAAUUAUCGCCAAGGCAGACACUCUGACUUUAGAUGAAAGAUCAAAAUUGAAAGCCAUUUUACAAGAACAGUUUACUCACUAUAAUUUGAAGAUGUAUCCCUAUGAAACUAGUUUUGAUGACGAGCUCUCUGAAGAGGAGAUCCAAUUUAAUAGGGAUAUCAGAUCUUUGCUGCCCUUUGCAGUUAUUGGAUCCGAGAGUAUCAUCACUACACCCAACGGCGAAUCAAUUAGAGGAAGAAGAACUAAAUGGGGUAUCAUUAACGUGGAAGACGUCACCCAAUGUGAAUUUAUUUACUUGAGGGACUUUCUGACUAGAACCCAUUUGUUUGACUUGAUCGAGACCACCAACUUGAUGCACUAUGAAUCUUUCAGAACUAGAGAACUAACCUUCUUAAGGGAAAACGUUAGCGCUAGAAAUUCUAGAAUGCCACAGGUUCAGAGUUGA